AUGACCAACAUCGUGCUGUUCAGCGGCAGCUCGCACCAGGACCUGUCCCAGCGGGUGGCCGACCGGCUGGGCCUGGAGCUGGGCAAGGUGGUCACCAAGAAGUUCAGCAACCAGGAGACCAGUGUGGAGAUCGGCGAGAGCGUGAGAGGGGAGGAUGUGUACAUCAUCCAGAGCGGCUGCGGGGAGAUCAACGACAAUCUGAUGGAGCUCCUCAUCAUGAUCAAUGCCUGCAAGAUUGCCUCCUCCUCCCGGGUGACCGCCGUGAUCCCCUGCUUCCCCUACGCCCGCCAGGACAAGAAGGACCGGAGCCGUGCUCCGAUUUCUGCAAAACUUGUGGCCAACAUGCUCUCGGUGGCUGGCGCAGACCACAUCAUCACCAUGGACCUGCAUGCGUCUCAGAUCCAGGGCUUCUUUGACAUCCCCGUGGAUAACCUGUACGCGGAGCCCGCGGUGCUGCAGUGGAUUCGGGAGAACAUCGCGGACUGGAAGAACUGUAUCAUCGUGUCCCCGGAUGCGGGCGGCGCCAAAAGGGUCACAUCCAUAGCGGACAGGCUGAACGUGGAGUUUGCUUUGAUCCACAAGGAGAGGAAGAAGGCGAACGAAGUGGACCGGAUGGUGCUGGUGGGCGACGUGAAGAACCGCGUGGCUAUCCUUGUGGAUGACAUGGCCGACACGUGUGGCACCAUCUGCCACGCUGCUGACAAGCUGAUCUCGGCCGGAGCCACCAAAGUGUACGCCAUCCUUACCCACGGGAUCUUCUCCGGGCCAGCUAUCUCCAGAAUAAACAGUGCCGCCUUCGAGGCCGUGGUGGUCACAAACACAAUCCCUCAGGAGGACAAGAUGACCCACUGCUCCAAGAUCCAGGUUAUUGACAUCUCCAUGAUCCUGGCCGAGGCCAUCCGCAGGACCCACAACGGGGAGUCCGUGUCCUACCUGUUCAGCCACGUGCCGCUGUGA